AUGGCAGACCAGUUCGAUUUUUUUGAGCCAACUUUGAAUGGUCAGCAGAUGGCUGAUCUUGCAGCCACGAAGGAGCCUGCAAUGGAAAACCGCCUGCCCUCCGAGACCCCCUCGGAGGCAGAAGAGCUGGCCGAACCCCGGGACAAGACGGCCGCAAACGAACCAGCUGCGGCAGAGGAUGCCGCACAUAGUCUCAAGCGGCGAUGGGAGAUGGUGGAGAAGUUGGAGGAGAUGAGGGCCGCGUGCCUUCGAGAUGCUCGAGAACUUGGGGUUGAGCUCCCAAAAAGAAAGAAGCAGAAGAAGAAGAAGGAGGAGGAGAAGGGGAGAGUGAUGACCCCAGCGCAGGCCGCGUUCCUGCAAGAAUUGCGUGUCGACCUGCAGCAGCGGGUCGAGGAAAUCAAAGAGCAUCGGGCCACCUUGAAAAAGUCUCGUCUCGAUAUUGAGGCGAAGAGAAAGGAGUUGGAGAAGAUGGAGGCCGAGCCAGUUUGUUCGCGGGACUCGUUAUACCUUUUCUUGGAUGUCGACACAUACACUGCUCAUGAUGUGUGCGAUGAUCGGACCUAA